UUCCACAGAAGAAACGUGGCUGUUGCUCUCUCCUUUCUCGCACAUUUCCCUCAACGCUCCUAUAUACCUAGUUCCUCUCAACGCGCACUCUUCAUCCACCAUGACACCCAGUUCCCGGACCCUCGAGAUCACGGUCAUCUCCGCCGAGAAUCUGAAAUUAGAUCGAAAACCCAUCAAGAAAAACGCCUCCGUCACCGUCCGGACCGACACCAACAGUCAGUUUCGCACCACUGAAAUGGACACUGAAGGCGGCUCCUACCCUCGAUGGAACGAGAAGCUCGUGCUCGACAUGCCAACUCACUCGAGGUCCAUCACGGUGGAGGUCCAAUGCAAGACGUCGUACGGCGUCAGGACGAUCGGGACGGCGUCGAUUCCGGCGUCGGAUUUUGUAGGUGGGUACGUGCCGGAGGGCUACCUGCAUUUUUUGAGUUACAGGCUGAGGGAUCACAUGGGGGAGAGGAAUGGGAUUAUUAAUAUCUCUGUGAGAAUGAAGGUUCCGGAGAUGUGCGCUUGCUCAAGUUCAACGACGUCGUCUCACUCGAAAAUGGGGUUUCCGGCGGCUGGGAAUAAUAAUUCUGGCGGCGGCGUUGCGAUAGGAGUUCCCGUUUGGUACGGUGCUUAUCAGAAAAAUUAUUGAGGAUUCACCUGCAGAAAUCAACAACAACAAAGCCUCAUCUUACUAAGUAUAGUCGACUGUAUGAAAUCUACAACGUUAUUACGCUUAGUUUUGUGCAAGCUUCUUUUUAUUUUGAGUCCCACUCACUAUUUUGUGUGUAAAUAUUAGAGGAUUUAGACUUUUCUCGUUAAGGGUUAUGUUUGGAAGAGCAUCUAUUUAAAUUAUAUUUUAUAAAUUAUAUGAUGUGGUUGUUGAUUAACGUGCUCAUUUUUAUUAAUAAACGUAUAACAGUUUGCAAAU